AUGAGUAUACAUACUCAUUUAGAAGAUUUAUCGAAUGAAAUUUUUUUCGAAAUAUUUGAUUAUUUACAUGCACUUGAUAUUUUGACUGGUUUUACUUCAUUGAAUCAACGAAUUUCAUCUAUUUUGCAAUCUAUUCCAUUUCGUAUUAUUAUUCCACAUAAUUAUUGUCGUCGUCAAAUUGAUUUUCUUUCUUAUUAUCUUACUUUUCAUGCUCAUCAAGUUAUUUCAUUAGAAAUUCAUGAUAUAAUUCUUGAUUAUUCAUCUGUUAUUAAUUUAUUAUUUAAUCGACAUAAUUUUAUUAAUCUUCAAUCAUGUAUAUUUACUUCAAUUAAUUCAUCAACAAAAUUUGAAAAUGUUUUUAAACAAAUUCAAAGUUUAAAUAGACUUGUUAGAUUUAGUCUUCUUGAUCCAUAUUUUAAUUUAAAUGGAAAAGAUAAAUGUGAUUUAACUCGCAUGAUGUUAAUGCACAAAUCAUCUUCUCUUCAUUCAAUAAUACUUGGAUAUUGUUAUGAUUAUUUAGAUAUAUCAAAUUAUACUUCAAUAUCUUCAAAUCUUACAUCACUUCAUUUACGUCUAUAUUGUACAUCUUCAACUGUAAUUCUUUUUUUAGUUUUAUCAAUUUUUCGUGUUUGUCAUGGAAUUCGACAUUUAGGCUUAAGAAUAGAACAGAAAUAUUCAGUUGAAAAUAAUAACGUCAAUGUUCCAUCAUUAAAAUUAUCUCUUAAUGAUAAAGACUAUCCAAUAUUAUCGAAAUUGGUAUCUUUCAAUUUAAUAGUGUGUAUUAUAUGUGAUAUUUAUUCAAUUGCUUACAUUUUACGUUGUAUGCCUAAUCUUAAUCGUUUUAAUUUUCUUCUUGCGACACGAAUGAAAACAUUGCACUAUUAUCGUAAAUUGUUUAAUGGUUAUGUAUGGGAACAAAUAGUAAAACAUUAUGUUCCAUGUUUAUCGAAUUUUGAAUUUCAUAUGUCAAUUUGGAAAAGCUAUUCAAAAUUAAAUUUAGAUUUUAUUGUCAAUUCAUUUCAAUAUUUUGUUAGAAAAUAUUCUAAUUGGAAUAUGAUUAUUGAUCGAUGGAAUCUUGUUAGUGAAACUCCAGAAGAAUUUGUCAUGUUACGUACAUUUAAUUAUUGCAAAAAUAAAUCAAGUGUUAAGAUCUUAAUUCCAUAUAUUAAUUCUGGAUCAUAUGAGACACUAUCAACAACAACAAUAAAAGAUCAUCAUCAUCUUUUUUAUUCAGAUAUAAGAGAUUUAAGAGUAUUUUUUACAAAGACAACAUCAAAUAUUACUUGGUCUUCUCCUUUAUAUACUAAAGUCAAUUAUCUCUUCAUACAAAUGGGAAUAAUACUUUAUUCAUCGUUGUGGAAUAGAUUAUUGAAUACUGUUAUUUCUCAUGAAACAACUGAUGAUGAGGCACAACAACAUGUUACUUAUCUUUCAUGUUUGGUAGAUUUAUCCAAUAUAACUGAAUUAGAAUUUUCAUCAAAAUAUCGUACAUAUCAAUGGAAAAGUAUUCAAUUGAUUUUACAAGCUUGUCCAAAUGUGAUUGGUAUUAGAAUUAGUACUCGAUUAUUGAUGUUAUCAAAAUUAAUCGAUAAUCCAAUACUUAUUCCAAUAUUCAAACAAAUCAAAAUGAUGAAAUUAAUAAGAGACAAAAUUUAUUUUCCUUCAAAUUUUGCAUCAAAAUUUGUUCAGCGUUUUCCAUCACUUAAUGAUAUUGAACUUCAAGUAUUUUCAUUCGAUAAUUGUGUGUCUAUUAUUAAUAUAUUUCUUACUUAUCUUGAAAAUUUAUAUUAUGUUAAAAUCAAUUAUUCUCAAGAUACGUUAUUCGAUGAUCCUUUUUCACGUGAUUAUAUUAUUAAAAAUCGUCGACGCAGUUUCCCUGGUAAUAUUGUUGAUGAAGAAAAAGUCAUUGUAAAAAAUAAUGGAGAAGUGAUACAAAUUUGGUUAAUAUGA